GUUUCUAGCGCGUUGCAUUCCGGGCCAGUGACUGUCAGGAAAAGCAGCCAAGAUGUCGGCUCUAACCGUGAUGGGAGAGCGCUCCACUGGAGAUAACAUCCGCACACAGAACGUUAUGGCAGCGACGUCCAUAGCUAACAUUGUGAAGAGCUCUCUGGGACCAGUAGGUCUGGACAAGAUGCUGGUGGAUGAUGUUGGGGACGUGACAGUGACCAAUGAUGGAGCGACCAUCCUGAAGCUGCUGGAAGUGGAGCAUCCCGCCGCCAAGGUUCUGUGUGAGCUGGCAGACUUACAGGACCAGGAGGUCGGAGAUGGCACCACUUCUGUGGUGAUCAUUGCAGCAGAGUUGUUGAAGAAUGCUGAGGAGCUGGUCCGUCAGAAGAUCCACCCUACCUCCAUAAUCAGUGGCUACAGACUGGCCUGCAAGGAAGCAGUGAAAUACAUCCAGGACCAUCUGACCAUUAGCACAGAUGAGCUAGGGAGGGAGUGUAUCAUCAACGCAGCCAAGACAUCCAUGUCGUCCAAACUGAUCGGAGCUGAUUCAGAGUUUUUUUCCAACAUGGUUGUGGAGGCAGCUAAUGCAGUGAAGAUGAGUGACGGGAAGGGGGGAGUUCGAAUCCCCAUCAAGGCGGUGAACGUUCUGAAGGCCCACGGGCGCAGCGCUCGGGAGAGCAUCCUGGUCAACGGUUACGCUCUCAACUGCACCAUCGCUGCACAAGUUGGCAUGCCCAAGAAAGUGACCAAUGCGAAGAUCGCCUGCCUGGACUUCAGUCUACAGAAGGCUAAGAUGAAGCUGGGGGUCCACGUCCUCAUCAACGAUCCGGAGAAACUGGACUCCAUCCGGCAACGAGAGUCGGACAUCACCAAGGAGAGGGUGGAGAAGAUCCUGUCCACGGGCGCUAACGUGGUGCUGACCACCGGCGGCAUUGACGACCUCUGUCUCAAGUACUUCAUGGAGAAGGAUGCCAUGGCCGUCAGGCGCUGUAAGAAGUCGGACCUCAAGCGCAUAGCCAAGGCAACGGGAGCGACCCUUGUGAGCAGCCUGGCCAAUCUGGAAGGAGAAGAGUCGUUUGACCCGUCCCUUCUGGGCGGGGCUGAUGAGGUGGUCCAGGAGAGGAUCUCAGAUGACGAGCUCAUUCUCAUCAAGGGGCCCAAGGCUCGCUCAGCCAGCUCCAUCAUCCUGAGAGGUGCCAACGACUUCUACUGUGAUGAGAUGGAGCGGUCUGUGCACGACGCCCUGUGUGUGGUCAAGCGUGUCCUGGAGUCCAAGACCAUCGUACCCGGGGGCGGGGCCGUGGAGGCCGCACUGUCCAUCUACCUGGAAAACUUCGCCACUUCUCUGGGAUCGCGGGAACAGUUAGCCAUUGCGGAGUUUGCCCGCUCGCUGCUGGUGAUUCCGAAGACGCUGGCGGUGAACGCGGCACAGGACUCGACGGAACUGGUCGCCAAGCUGCGGGCCUACCACAACACCUCACAGAUCAACACAGAACGCAGCAACCUCAAAUGGGUUGGUCUGGACCUGUACGAAGGCACCAUCCGAGACAACAAGAAGGCAGGCGUGUUCGAGCCUGCCAUGUGCAAGAUCAAGUGCCUGAAGUUCGCCACGGAGGCCGCCAUCACGAUCUUACGGAUCGACGACAUGAUCAAACUACUGAAGGAGGAGAAGGAGGGAGGGGGGUACCAACAGGCUUACGAAUCAGGAGCACUGGAGGGUUAAUAUUAUAAUAACUAGUCAAUUGUUAGGAUAUUUGUGCUCUUCUGUGUGUGUCAUAUGCAGUGUUCUAGCCGGCAUCCGUCUUUCCGUGGAAUUUUGUUGCAAAAAAUUUUGCCCAAUCCAUCAUCUUUGAUGGACAAAAAUUGGCAUGUAAGGAGUUGGAAAGACAUGCCAUUAAACUAAACUUAGUCUUCAAGCAAAAUUUGCCCUUCAAAAUGCUUACAUCAAACAGAACUGAGAAAACGGAAAAACAUUUUUAGCUGGCUAGAACACUGGUUAUAUGUGUUUUUUUGCAUAUGAAUUAGCUAGUAUUGAUCUAUAUCCCUUUACACUUUGUUACGAGAGCAAGCCAUCUGUGUCCUACAUAAGGCAUUGAAUGAAAGAUAUAAUGAUACAAUGGUGAAUUAAAAACACUGCGACAUCAGUUGCAAGAAAUUUAUUUCAUGUAUCAGAACUUAUUGCUGAUUAAAUGUGUGACUACAAGAAUUUGUGUUGUAUUAAUAAAUGUAUUGG